AUACACAACGCGCAUUCCAUUCAUAUUUAUUGUAUUUGUCAAAUUGAACUUCCAUCCUUUAAAUUAAAGAAAAAAAAAACAUAUUAUAUUUUAUAAAUGAUCAUACUUUUUUUAACUUGAAAAGGCUUCAAUCCAAUUUGAAAUAAAUCUACACAUUGUUGCAUAUAUAAAAAUAAAUUUAAAAUGUGCAGCCCAUAUUCUGUGGACAUAAGACCAAGGCGUCUACCAGCUGAAAUCAAGCAAAUUGAAGAAUCAUCAAGUGAUCAUGGUAUUCGCUGUUAUAUUCAAAAUGAUUCAUAUGAAUCUUUAGAAGCAAUUGUUCCAGGACCAAAAGAGACUCCAUAUGAAGAGAUUCAGUUUAAAAUUGCAAUGGAAUUUGAUGAACACUAUCCCUUUCGACCACCUAGUGCAAAGUUCCUUACACCCGUAUAUCAUCCGAACAUAGAUACAGAUGGUAAAAUUUGUUUGGAUGUCUUGCGAAUGCCACCUGGGGGCUCAUACAAUCCAGCGAUCACACUCGAAUCAAUUUUGCUCUCAAUUCAACUACUCUUAGCAAGUCCAAAUAAUGAUGACCCAUUGCGUUACGAUGUGUCAGACGAAUAUCGAUACAACCGCGAGCUUUUCAAUAAAAAUGCCAAGAAACUUUCUGGUUUUGAAAAACCUGAGGUUGGAAAUAAUAAUAAGAGAUUGAAAACCGACGACGAUGAAAUUCCUAAAUGCGACAACAUACAAACUCUGGCAUCAAUAGAUGAGGAGGACGAGACCGUCAACAACACAGCAGAACCAAAACCAAAUACAUCGAAUGAGAAUGAGACCGAAAUUGAGACGGCCGCUGAACUGGUUUCAGUUAUUACUCCGCAGAAAAAUCGUAAACGAAAACACGAUGAAACAUAAAAAAAUAACAAUACUUAUAAUAUCUUUCAAGACACAACUUCCACACAUGGCCGAAAAUUUAUAAUGAAACCAUUUUCGCACAGAUUAUUAGAUAUGAAUUUGUAUUUAUUUAGAUUUUUUGACUAUUAAAGUAUUAGCAUUGUUUUUUUUUUUACCUUUUAAUUACUCCUGCAAAAAUAUUUUUUUCACGCUCGAACAAAGUCCUUCAAAUCACUCACAAAAUGAGGCUCAGUUUUAUUUGUAUUCGAUAAUCGUAAUUUAUGAAUAUAUAUCUGGAAUAUCUAAAAAGCCAGUUUUAUUGUAAGAUAAUUUUAGCAUUUUUAAAAAACGAGAAAUCAAAAUGCAUUUUCGUAUACAUUUUUAAUUUGCAAAAGCGAUAAAAAAUUGUUCCACCAUAUUUUGUAAGUCUAACCAGUAAGCACUGCUUACUGGUAAGCACAUUGCCAUAACAAUUAUUCGAAGAGAGACUUCAAAUUCGAAGACCGUUGUAGCGGUUAUCAAAAGAGUUAGCUGAUAAUUUAACAAAAAAAAAAAAAACAA